AUGGAGGAAAGAAGAGCGAUGGCUGGAACAGCGCCGAGGGAGAGGAGGAGGAGCUAUCGGGCGAGGAGGGCGGUGCUAAGGCUGAAAGGAGGACGACCCGACGAUGUGGAGAUGCUCUACUGGAAGUCGCUCAAGGAAACUUCGCACUGGAACAGAGCUGCUGGGGUCCUCGAGCACCAGGUCACCGUGGACGACGAGUCGGUGCAGGAGCUUGCGGUCAAGCUCGGGCAGCUUGCUGGGAACCAAUCUGGACUGUCUCUGAAAGAAAGAUCGCAGCUCAACGACCAAGACUUGUUCAACCUUGCAAAGAGAUUGCAUAUCAACAAGAACGAGCACAGGGCUGCAGAAACUCUUUACCGAAUGUGCAUAAGGGAGAAUCCGUAUCAUGUUGGGGCCCUGUGCAACUACGGAGUUCUGCUUGAAGAAUUCAAGCAAGAUGCGAAGUCAUCGGAAAGUCUUUUCAGGGUUGAGGAGGCAGGAAGGAUGUACGAGGAGGCGCUGCAGGCGGACGAAGAUUUCCUUCCUACCCUGAAGCAGUACUCUGCCUUCCUUGUGCUGACAGGUGGAAACUUCAGCCGGGCGGAGGAGCUGUUUCUCUUAGCCCUUGAAAGUUGA